AUGCCUGCAGAAGGAACCAAAACAGACAUGGAGAGGAUUGGCCUCUUCAGUGAGAUGGAGUAUAUUUCUAUUGGUGAUAAAUAUGUAUCCUCAUAUAAUCGACCCUUUAAUGAAACUGCUGGCAAAAAUAAGCAGAUGUUACCUGGGGGAUCCAAAAAAAUGUCAGAUCUUCAAGCCGGUUAUUUUGAACCCCAUUUUGGAAGAAUUUUUGAAGGUGAAGCUUAUUCAAAUGUAAAUCAGUUGAGGAGACGUUUUAUGAUGGAAGAAGCCAAAAAAAAUCUAAGCAAAGCCUUCCUCCCUUCUAGUAGCUGUAAAAAGCCUUCUGGAUUAGGAAGCUACUAUGGAACAAUAGGCGGUCCCAUCCCAUUCUUCAGUGCAGAGUUAAAACCUAAAGACAAAUAUCAGGCACCUGGAAAGAAUUUAUACACAAACCCAGGAAAGAAAGGAACUGGAUAUGGCUAUGCAAAUAUUACUAUAGGCAAACAUCCUUCACACUCUGCUGAUCUUUUUGAUCAAUAUAAAGAAAAUGCUAAGAAACACAUAGAAGAACACCGUCGUUUAAUUAAAGGGUCACCCUUCAAGUUAAAUCUUUACCCCAGAGAUUAUUUUGAUAGCAAUCCUUACUAUUCUGAUGCAGUACUACCACCAAUUAAAAGAGAAGAAAAGAGUAAAGUAACUACAAGCCCUUUUAAGCCUCCUUCUCCUGGGAAAAAGGCUGGUGGAAUGAAGGCAGGGACCUUUGACCCAUACCCUUCACAUUCUACUGACCCUUACAGUCAGAAACCUGCAGAUGCUCUUUCCAAAUCGGUUAAGAUUUUCCAUCCACCAGGUGUACCAAAACGUAGGCCAGUUGAAAGUAUACUUACUAUGAAUGUCAGAAGGACACUAAAUAAGAAGAACUACACGUAUGCUUCAAUACAGUCCUAUUAG